GAUCAAACGCAGUGCCUCACAUGUGCAAGGCAAGCACUCUGCUACUGAGCCACAGCACCAGCCUAGAAGUGACAUUUUAUCAGAGAUCUUAAUGAAUUUAAGAGAGGGAACCCUGUAAGGGAAGAAUGUUUCAGGCAGAAGAGCCAAAAGCCCAAAGGGAAGAGUUUGAUUGGUUUCUUUGAGAAUUCACCAGAAGAUCAUUAGGAACUGAAGAGAAAAUGCUUGGACAGAAGAGAUGAUUACUAAUUCCAUUAAGGCCUAGAAUUGCCUACUGUACAGAUACUCCUGAUCAGGCAAUAUACGAAUGGCCCAAGGAAGCCACCAAAUUGAUUUUCAGGUUUUGCAUGACCUGCGACAAAAAUUCCCUGAAGUACCUGAAGUUGUUGUGUCCAGGUGCAUGUUACAGAAUAAUAAUAACCUGGAUGCCUGCUGUGCUGUUCUCUCUCAAGAGAGUACAAGGUAUCUGUAUGGUGAAGGAGACUUGAAUUUUUCAGAUGAUUCUGGAAUUUCUGGUCUACGCAAUCACAUGACUUCUCUCAAUUUGGACUUGCAGUCACAGAAUGUUUACCAUCAUGGAAGAGAAGGAAAUAGAAUGAAUGGAAGCAGGACUCUAGCACACAGCAUUAGUGAUGGACAACUUCAAGGUGGUCAGUCGAGUAACGAACUAUUUCCGCAGGAGCCACAGACAGCACCAGCUCAAGUUCCUCAAGGCUUUAAUGUUUUUGGAAUGUCCAGUACAUCUGGUACUUCAAAUUCAGCACCACAUCUUGGAUUUCACUUAGGCAGCAAAGGAACAUCUAACCUUUCUCAACAGACUCCCAGAUUUAAUCCUAUUAUGGUAACUUUAGCCCCAAAUAUCCAGACUGGUCGUAAUACUCCUACAUCUUUGCACAUACAUGGUGUACCUCCACCUGUACUUAACAGUCCACAGGGAAAUUCUAUCUAUAUUAGGCCUUACAUUACAACUAGUGGUACAACUCGACAGACACAGCAACAUUCUGGCUGGGUAUCUCAGUUUAAUCCCAUGAACCCUCAACAAGCCUAUCAACCUUCACAGCCUGUUCCUUGGACUACUUAUCCUGCAUCUAAUCCUUUGCCACAUACCUCAGCCCAACAGCCAAAUCAGCAAGGCCACCAGACCUCUCAUGUCUAUAUGCCCAUCAGUUCACCUACUACUCCACAACCGCCAACAAUUCAUUCAUCUGGUAGCUCACAAUCUUCUACCCAUAGUCAAUACAACAUUCAGAAUAUUUCAACGGGACCUCGAAAAAACCAAAUUGAAAUCAAACUUGAACCCCCACAAAGAAACAAUUCUUCAAAAUUGCGUUCUUCUGGACCUCGAACCUCCAGCAGUUCCUCUUCAGUCAACAGCCAGACCUUAAAUAGAAAUCAGCCCACUGUUUACAUAGCUGCCAGUCCCCCAAAUACUGAUGAGAUGAUCUCCCGUAGUCAACCUAAGGUCUAUAUUUCAGCUAAUGCCACCACAGGAGAUGAACAGGGCAUACGGAAUCAGCCCACAGUCUUCAUAUCCACAAACUCCGGGGCAUCUGCUGCCUCUAGGAAUAUGUCUGGGCAAGUGAGCAUGGGUCCUGCGUUCAUUCAUCACCACCCUCCUAAAAGUCGAGCAAUAGGCAAUAACUCUGCAACUUCUCCUCGAGUGGUGGUCACCCAACCCAACACCAAAUAUACUUUCAAAAUUACAGUUUCUCCCAAUAAACCCCCUGCAGUCUCACCAGGGGUGGUGUCCCCUACCUUUGAACUUACAAAUCUUCUAAAUCAUCCUGAUCAUUAUGUAGAAACAGAGAAUAUUCAGCACCUCACGGACCCUACCUUAGCACAUGUGGAUAGAAUAAGUGAAGCACGGAAAUUGAGUAUGGGAUCUGAUGAUGCUGCCUACACACAAGCUCUGUUGGUACACCAGAAGGCCAGAAUGGAACGACUUCAAAGAGAACUUGAGAUUCAGAAGAAAAAGCUGGAUAAACUAAAAUCUGAGGUCAAUGAAAUGGAAAAUAAUCUAACUCGAAGGCGCCUGAAAAGAUCAAAUUCCAUAUCCCAAAUACCCUCCCUCGAAGAAAUGCAGCAGUUGAGAAGUUGUAAUAGACAACUCCAGAUUGACAUUGACUGCUUAACCAAAGAAAUUGAUCUUUUUCAAGCCCGAGGACCACAUUUUAACCCCAGCGCUAUUCAUAACUUUUAUGACAAUAUUGGAUUUGUAGGUCCUGUGCCACCAAAACCCAAAGAUCAAAGGUCUACCAUCAAAACACCAAAGACUCAAGACGCAGACGACGAUGAAGGGGCUCAGUGGAAUUGCACUGCCUGUACUUUUUUGAACCAUCCAGCCUUAAUCCGCUGUGAACAGUGCGAGAUGCCACGGCAUUUCUGAGCCAGAAGGCCCUAUGUCUUCUCUAAAACCACGUCUAAAGUUCAAGAAACUAGUCUGUCAUCGGGGCAACAUUUCACUGCUACAUAGGAUUUUGUCAAAUGGAAGGUGUGACAAGAUGGUGUUGUGCUAAUAUUAAGUGUCAGCCCACAGAGCUAAUAAUACCUCAGUAUAAUGUCACGGGCAGUUGAAAUCCAUCACCUGAAAGGUAAUCUGAUGGAAGACUUGGUUGCCUGCUGCCUGACCAUGUACAGUGUUACCAGGAGCUAAUUCUCACUGUUAAUGCCAAGGUGUUCCCAUUACUUUUUCCCCUCGUGUCACUACUGAAUUUUGACAGGAGGAAGAAAUAGAAUGAUAGCUUUUUUAUUUUUAAAGCUUUCAGUGAAACACUACAUACAAGAGAAGGAACAAGGUUUAACUAUUUAAAAACUGCAGCCGCAUAGUGCCAUUGUCUAGGGGAAGACCUUCACACAUCUGUGGUACUCUUGGCCUUGUCUUUGUCUUCCCUGAAAAUGUCUCUGUGAAGCCAGAAUAUAGGGUCUCAAGAUGAAAAGGAAAGCAGCAUGCAUUGUCUGUACAAACAUGCAGUGAAAUACCCCAAAGCUUUUCCUACUGUACAGAUCUCUCGAGUCUGCUUUAAGUGAUUUCUUCUUUAUUAUUUUCUUAUAUUUCUAUAUGUAUAGUGUAAUAGCCUUUUGUUAACUAAUUUUCUUUUUUCCUUUUAGUGAUUAAGCACGAUCAUGUCCCUUUUUAAGCCUUACCUAAGAGAAGCAAUGUCGUAAAAUAAAAAAAGCAUUAAUGAAAUGAAACUAUGCACAAAAUAACUUUCCUCUACUUACCCUGUACUUUGCCCUCAUGGGUGCCGAUGUUCUGUGAAGACAUACAGAUGCUGCACAAUGAACUGCAGAAGGUAUUACAAGAAUUAUGUCAGUAGGUCACACUAUGUGCUGACUUUAGAAGUGGGGUGGCACAACAUGGUGUUUUGUCUUCCAUGGGGAAGCUUAAAACAGAAGGUCUUUUAACCCACUCGCAAAGUGUGCCUCAUCUGCUUGGUGCCCCGCAGAACUUUCACAGGAGAUUUUUAUCGGAAAAGUACAGUUUCAAAACCAGCAACAGCAGCAGUACCAACAGCCCUUUUAUUUGGAAAGAAGUUUAAAUGCUUUACUGUUGGGACAAUCUGUUUCUAAACCUGACUUGGUGGUAGUAACGUGUAUUUAUAAAACAAGGCUAUUCAUAUUUAGGACAACUGAAGAAAAGCUGGAAAAAAAGAAAAAUAAGCAAACUUGAACACUGAAGCAACCUCAAGCAUCUCUUUAUUUUGAUGAUAUAUUUUUGUAAGGAAAAUAAGUAUUCAGAUGAUCAGGAAUGUAUAUAACUCAAUGGAAUCAAGAAAAGAUAACAGUAUGCAUUUAAAAAGAAUUAUGAAACUAUAUAUCAGUGCUUAGAAUGGGGCUAAGGGAAGUGCUGAAAUACAGUAAAAGACAGGAGGUAAUGUAGACUGUCACCCACUGUAAAUGUUUGCAAGUGGCUGUUUUAAAUAAUCAGGAUUAUUACAGUGAUCUCUAUGAAUGUUAAAGCCUCAGCUUCCAGGCUUUACAUUAUGUAUAUGGAAAGAAAUAUGACAAUCCUAGGUAAUUAGGCAGUAGACCCAGAGCCCUUACAUUGGAUGCAUUUUGUCUUAAAAAUAGGCCUUGUUUUUCAGCUUCAUCUGCAGUUCUAUGUGAAGAUUGAUAAAUCAGUUUUUACUUGUUUUAUUAAUAAAACGUAAUUUGGAUAUCUUGAGUUGAUGGUUUUGUGAUUUAGCUGGGUAAACUGUCUUUGUAACAGAUAAGUUAUUUAUAAAAAUUAAAAAACUUAUAUUCUAA